GCGGCGCUCACACCCCAGCGGGGGCCUGGGGAGCCUCCUGGCGGAGAGGCUCCCGCCCGCCCGGAGCAGCGGCCUCCGCAUGGAGGGGCCGCUAGCUCCUCUAGCGGGGUCGGGGCCACUCCUGCUGCCGCUGCAGGGAGGCGGAGCCGCCGCUGUUCCGGAGCCCGGAGCCCGGCAACACCCGGGACAUGAGACGGCGGCGCAGCGGUACAGCGCCCGUCUGCAGCAGGCCGGCUACGAGCCCGAGAGCAUGGCGGACUACCUGAUCAGCGGCGGCACCGGCUACGUGCCCGAGGAUGGGCUCACCGCGCAGCAGCUCUUCGCCAACGCCGACGGCCUCACCUACAACGACUUCCUGAUUCUCCCAGGAUUCAUAGACUUCAUAGCUGAUGAGGUGGACCUGACUUCAGCCCUGACUCGGAAGAUCACCCUGAAGACACCGCUGAUCUCCUCCCCAAUGGACACUGUGACAGAAGCUGACAUGGCCAUUGCGAUGGCUCUGAUGGGCGGUAUUGGUUUCAUUCACCACAACUGCACCCCGGAAUUCCAGGCCAAUGAGGUGCGGAAGGUCAAGAAGUUUGAACAGGGCUUCAUCACGGACCCGGUAGUGCUAAGCCCCUCGCAUACUGUGGGUGAUGUGUUGGAGGCCAAGAUCCGACAUGGCUUUUCUGGCAUCCCCAUCACCGAGACAGGCGCCAUGGGCAGCAAGCUGGUGGGCAUCGUAACCUCCCGAGACAUUGACUUUCUUGCCGAAAAGGACCACACCACCCUCCUCAGUGAGGUGAUGACUACGCGCAAUGAGCUGGUGGUGGCUCCGGCGGGUGUGACAUUGAAAGAGGCAAAUGAGAUCCUGCAACGCAGCAAGAAAGGGAAGCUGCCCAUCGUCAAUGAUCGUGAUGAGCUAGUGGCCAUCAUUGCCCGCACUGACCUGAAGAAGAACAGGGAUUACCCUCUGGCCUCCAAGGACUCCCACAAGCAGCUGCUGUGCGGGGCGGCUGUGGGCACCCGCGAGGAUGACAAGUACCGCCUGGACCUGCUCACCCAGGCAGGCGCCGAUGUCAUAGUGCUGGACUCCUCCCAAGGGAACUCUGUGUAUCAGAUUGCCAUGGUGCACUACAUCAAGCAGAAGUACCCCCACCUCCAGGUGAUUGGGGGGAAUGUGGUGACAGCAGCUCAGGCCAAGAACCUAAUUGACGCUGGUGUGGACGGGCUGCGUGUGGGCAUGGGCUGCGGUUCCAUCUGCAUCACCCAAGAAGUGAUGGCCUGUGGUCGGCCCCAGGGCACUGCUGUGUACAAGGUGGCUGAGUAUGCCCGGCGCUUUGGGGUGCCGGUCAUAGCUGAUGGUGGCAUCCAGACCGUGGGUCAUGUGGUCAAAGCCCUGGCCCUUGGAGCCUCCACAGUGAUGAUGGGCUCCCUGCUCGCCGCCACCACGGAGGCCCCUGGCGAGUACUUCUUCUCGGAUGGGGUGAGGCUCAAGAAGUACCGGGGCAUGGGCUCAUUGGAUGCCAUGGAGAAGAGCAGCAGCAGCCAGAAACGAUACUUCAGUGAGGGAGAUAAGGUGAAGAUCGCACAGGGUGUCUCAGGCUCCAUCCAGGACAAAGGCUCCAUUCAGAAGUUCGUGCCCUACCUCAUAGCAGGUAUCCAACAUGGCUGCCAGGAUAUCGGUGCCCGGAGCCUGUCGGUCCUGCGGUCUAUGAUGUACUCAGGAGAGCUCAAGUUUGAGAAGCGGACCAUGUCAGCUCAGAUCGAGGGUGGUGUCCAUGGCCUGCACUCCUAUACCUUUCUGCCGUGUAAGUAACCGCACUGCCCGGGGCCAAGUGUAGAGUAGAGCAGGGGCAGUGUGGGUGGGACCUGGGCUUGGGGUGGGGGACACUGGGUUGAGGGUGGCACUGGGGUGUAAUCAUGGGACACGGACCCUAGGGCUAGCACUGUGCUGGGGGCAGCCGACAGGAGCCCCUCCUUCAGCGGGGGUGCCCAGAGAUGUCCCGGACCGCAGGCCUGAGGCUUCCCUGUCCUGGUCUGGACCUGGGGACCACAAGGGGCCACGCUGCAUGCAGGGGUGGGGCAGAGACUCUGGCAGCAGAGGUUCAGCUCGUUCUGAGCUCGCUCCAGGAGGAUGGGCUGUGCCGUCCUGAGCUCUGUGAGCUCUGUCUCCACCCCCAGCAUCGAGGACGGCCUAUUCAGCCGUAGCUGUGGCCAGAAGGAGCACGGCUGUCUCUGGACCUAGCAUGGUUCUUUGAGGAGCCUUGUCCUGGGGAAGACAGAGGCACAGGGCCUGCUCUUUCUUCUCCUGCCCCCCACAUGUGGGGCCACCCUGGCAGUCGAAGGCCUAAUGGCAAGGGGAUCUGGGAAGAGAGCAGGGUCCAGACACCCACUCUUGCCUCCCCUCUUGCCUUGUCCCCACAGUUACGAGAAGCGGCUGUACUGAGGAUGGUGGUGGAAGCCGGGGCAGUGGAGGAGGUGCACCCCAGGGUGCCCCUUUGAGCACAGCCUCCCUCCAUAACUGAGUGGUCCAUAGAUUUGCACUACGGAUUCCCCAGCUCCUUUUCAGGGAGAGAGGAGGGGAGCCCCUGAGGGUCUGCGGCCCCUCCUGGCCCUCCCCUGCAGAGUCAGGACUGUCCCUGGGGCUCGGCUGUCCUGGGAGCCCUCCCUCCUUCAGUCCCCCUGAGCCUAGCCAGCCUGGGCUCUCAGGCCCUGUGCCUGCCUCAGGUCUUUCUCGCUGCAGCCUGCUCCGGCCUGGCUCCCACCCUUGGGGCAGGUGGCCCCUCUUGGCUUCUGUAGGGCACCUCCCUCCCCCAACCCCCACCCCAGAAAUGGUGCUCUCCUGGCCCUGCCUCUGGCCCCUUCCCGGGCUGCUGCCCUCUCAGCCAUGUGGCACUUCUGGGCUCCUGACCUAGGGCAGAGGGAGGUCUCUGCCCCCUUUCCCUGGCCCUAGGCUCUCCGGGCCCUGCUCCUCAGGCCACUCCCCCAGUUCCUGGCCCUGGGGAGGAGGCUGCCCAUCAUUCCUGGCUCCCUGCCACCCCCAGGUGUACCAUUCCUGCCCUCUCCUCUCAGCUGCAGUUGGAGGCUUUAACUUUGCACACUUUGGGGUCACAGUUGCGUCAUUGUAUAUUAAAUAACCUGAAUAAAUCAAGAGGUCUCAAUA